AUGAGAUUUGUUUUUUCUGCAGACAUUUAUUUAUUGCAGAAAUUGGAUCCAGAGCAGUUAUUUACUCGACAAGAAAAAAUCGGACGAGGAUCGUUUGGUGAAGUAUUCAAAGGAAUUGAUAAUCGAACUGGACAGGUAGUUGCUAUAAAAAUAAUAGACUUGGAAAAAGCUGAAGAUGAAAUUGAAGAUAUUCAGCAAGAAAUAAUGGUACUAAGUCAGUGUGAUUCACCAUAUGUAACGAAGUAUUACGGGUCAUAUUUAAAGGAAUCAAAAUUAUGGAUAAUCAUGGAAUAUUUGGGUGGUGGUUCAGCACUGGAUCUAACGAAGUGCGGUAGAUUGGAAGAAAGCCACAUUGCAGUAAUUUUACGUGAAAUCCUCAAGGGGUUAGAGUAUCUACAUUCUGAACGAAAAAUUCAUCGAGAUAUUAAAGCUGCAAAUGUGCUUCUAAGCGAACGAGAUGCAAAUAUUCAAAUAGCCGAUUUUGGCGUUGCAGCUCAAGUUUCUACGACAAAAAGUAAAGUGGAAACAUUUGUUGGCACACCUUUCUGGAUGGCUCCAGAAGUUAUCGCGAAAGAUCGCUACGAUGAAAAGUUAGGUGCAGGGAAGAAAAAAAAGAUUGCUUGUGUUUUUCCAGCUGCAAACGUUUUGUUAUCUGAACAUGGUGACGUAAAAGUAGCAGAUUUUGGUGUUGCUGGACAACUGACGGAAACCGUAAAAAAGCGAAUCACUUUUGUGGGCACUCCAUUUUGGAUGGCACCCGAAGUGAUCCGGCAAGCUUCUUAUGAUUUUAAGGCAGAUAUAUGGAGCUUAGGUAUCACGGCUAUUGAACUAGCCAAUGGUGAACCACCGCAUUCAGAUUUACAUCCAAUGCGUGUGCUUUUUUUAAUACCAAAAAAUCCACCUCCCCAAUUGAAUGGACCUCAGUGGUCUCGUCUUUUCAAGGAUUUUGUAGAAUUGUGCUUGAAUAAAGAUCCAGAAAAUAGACCUUCUGCCAGAGAGCUACUCAAGCACCCAUUCAUUAGAAGGGCUAAAAAAAAUUCGAUCUUGAUGGAUUUAAUUGAGAAGAGUGUUGAUUACAAAACUCGUCUUGGACCCAGUAGUGAUUCGGAUCAAGAUGAAGAAGCUGAUGGCAGUGGAGGUACUGAUUGGGUAUUUAACACAAUAAAAACACCACAGAAUGUGAAUGACACUAGCAAUGAUCAGAAUACAGUACGAGCUAAAAAUGAUACUGGCCGUCCAUCCGUUGCUUCUGGUUACCUUUCGCGAAAUCGUGAUAUCAGUCCAAACGCGACAAUAAUCAUCAGAAAUAACAAUUCUGGCGUAGGGCAGAUAACUAAUGAACUUCGACAGACAUCGCUACUUCCUACUAGUUCUUCAGCCUUCAGCAAUCAUCAUCCAUUAACAAAUUAUUCUAAUUCCGCUUCCAUGCCAAAUGAUGUUAGCGUUGCGCACAAUGGUAAUGCAACAACAAUUGCUGUUGCUUCACCAACGAGUUCACCUACCUCAUCAUUAAACCGUCAUUCUUUUGCAAUCAGCGAUGUUCCAUGCAGCCUUGCACCAAGUGCGCAACAUAAUCUUGGUGUAUCUUCUCAAGCUCCGAAUGUGUCAACUAAUAUUCGUGACUAUCAUCGGUCUUUCAAUCAUAAUAGUCAUAUGACUAAUGAAACGAUUGAGCCAGUUGAGGCUACGAAAAAGGUUGCAAAGAAUUUGUCGCUCUUUUUUAUUACGCAGUGUUGUAUGAGUUCGUUUGCAGCUGGUGCAUUGGAAUAUACACUACUACCAGCUUUGGAUAGACUAGGACGCACACGCCAUUCAUGUGCUGAUUUAGAUGCGGUCGCUUUAGCUUUCAAAGAAGCGGAGAAGAACUGUCCGGGACUAUGCGAUGAAUUUGUACUCGAAUUGCUUACCGCAGUUGCUUGUCCUCAGGUUACUGAAUCGGAAUUACAAGCUGCUGUUGAACGGCUCACUACGUAA